ACAUUAACUAAAGUAAAGAAAGAAAAAUAUGAUUCUCUUAUUCUCGUUCCUUUAAUUAUGCUCACAAUCUAUCAACAUUUCCUUCUCUAUGCCCUCUUAAAUAUCCAACCCCACCCCACCACCAUUGUUGAGCACUAUCUCCCACUCAACAAAAUAAACAUUUCAGUGGAGUUCUUUUUAUGAAUGAACUUUGGUGUUUUGCAGGAGGAUGGAUAAUUUGUUUAAGUUCAAACAUAUUCUUUGUUUGAAUUUGAGGUUAGUGCUAAGGAAUCACCUCAUUAUUCUUUGCUUCUGCUUCCUACUUCUUUACAGUUAGGUAGCAAAAUUUAGCAAUUGAGGGAGUACCAUGAAUCUGAUUUGGUUUCUAUGCUUCCUGCUUGUCUACAUCGGUCAAAUUUCAAAUGGGGAUGCGAGUGCCGGCCCUGGUGUUAUCCGCGUUGGAGCUAUUUUCUCAUUUGGAAGUAUCAAUGGGAGGGUUUCAAGGAUUGCUAUGAAAGCAGCUGAGGAUGAUAUAAAUUCUGAUCCCGGUUUUCUUGGAGGAAGGAAAUUUUCUAUAACCAUGCAUGAUUCCAACUUCAGUGGAUUUCUCGGUAUUAUUGGCGCAUUACAGUUUAUGGAGACUGAUACGGUUGCUAUUCUUGGUCCACAAAAUGCUGUAAUGGCCCAUGUGCUAUCCCAUCUUGCAAAUGAGCUCCAUGUUCCACUAUUGUCAUUUACAGCUCUAGACCCCUCCCUGUCCCCUCUCCAAUAUCCCUACUUCGUUCAAACAGCUCCUAACGAUCUUUUUCAGAUGACUGCCAUUGCCGAGAUAGUUAGUUUCUAUGGUUGGACUGAGGUGAUUGCAAUUUACAGUGAUGAUGAUCAGAGUAGAAAUGGUGUAACAGCAUUAGGUGAUAAACUUGCAGAGAGACGCAGCAGAAUUUCCUAUAAAGCAGCACUCCCACCAGAUCCAGCAGCGAAACGAAGUCAAGUUCAAGAUGAAUUAAUUAAAAUUCUAGGGAUGGAAUCGCGAGUGAUUGUUUUGCAUACUUUCUCCAAAACUGGACUCUUGGUUUUUGAUGUGGCUCAAAGUCUUGGGAUGAUGGAGAAGGGGUUUGUGUGGAUAGCUACCACAUGGUUGUCCACCGUUUUAGAUUCAAGCUUAACACUUUCUCCCAAAGUUGCCAAUUCUAUUCAGGGUGUUCUCACAUUUCGCCCGCACACAAGAGACUCAAAAGGAAGAAAGGAUUUCGAAUCACGGUGGAACAAGCUGAGCAAUGGUUCUAUUGGGUUAAACCCAUAUGGUUUAUAUGCUUAUGAUACAGUUUGGAUGAUUGCUCAUGCACUGAAAUUGUUUUUUGAUCAAGGCAACACUAUUUCAUUUUCCAAUGAUUCGAACUUAAGUAAUCUAGGAGGUGGGAUUUUGAAUCUUGGAGCAUUAAGCAUUUUUGAUGGUGGAAGCAAGUUGCUGAGUAACAUAUUACAGACAAACAUGACAGGUUUAACAGGGCCUAUUCAGUUUAGUACAGACAGGUCUCCCUUGUAUCCUUCCUAUGAAGUAAUUAAUGUGAUUGAAAAUGGGUAUCAGCUGAUUGGAUACUGGUCUAAUUAUUCUGGGCUAUCGAUUGUGCCUCCAGAAACCCUUUAUGGAAAACCAGCUAACCGUUCAAGUUCCAGCCAACGUUUGCUCAGUACUGUUGUAUGGCCUGGAGGAGUAACAGUUAAGCCUCGUGGAUGGGUUUUUCCAAACAAUGGACGGUACUUAAGAAUUGGUGUUCCAAGCCGAGUUAGUUAUCGUGAUUUUGUGUCAAAAGUAAAUGGUACAGAUGAUGUUCGUGGAUAUUGCAUAGAUAUAUUCCUUGCUGCGAUAAAACUACUUCCUUAUGCAGUUCCAUAUAAGUUCAUUCCUUUCGGAGAUGAUCAUAAAAAUCCAAGCUACGCUGAACUUGUAAACCAGAUAACAGCAGGCAAGUUUGAUGCUGUUAUCGGAGACAUUGCAAUUGUCACAAACCGAACAAGGGCUGUGGAUUUCACACAGCCAUAUACAGAGUCUGGACUAGUGGUCGUAGCUCCAGUCAAAAAAUUGAAUUCAAAUGAGUGGGCGUUCUUGAGACCAUUUACUCCAUGGAUGUGGGUUGUUACGUCAACUUUUUUUCUUGUGGUGGGAGCUGUUGUGUGGAUCCUUGAACACAGAAUCAAUGAUGAGUUCCGGGGCCCACCUAAGAAGCAAAUUGUCACAGUUCUCUGGUUUAGCUUCUCAACUAUGUUUUUUGCUCAUAGAGAAAAUACAGUGAGCACGCUCGGUAGAGUGGUGCUAAUCAUAUGGCUUUUUGUUGUUUUGAUAAUCAACUCGAGCUAUACUGCAAGUCUGACAUCAAUACUGACUGUCCAGCAGUUAUCCUCACCCAUCAAAGGAAUUGAUUCUUUGGUCACUAGCAAUGAACGUAUUGGAUACCAAGUAGGGUCCUUUGCAGAGAAUUAUCUGAUUGAGGAACUCAACAUAGCUAAAACCAGACUUAUUGCUCUUGGCUCACCAGAAGAAUAUGCACGCGCCCUUAUAAAUGGAACUGUUGCUGCUGUGGUUGAUGAACGACCGUAUGUGGACCUCUUUCUUUCUGAAUAUUGUCAGUUCUCAAUCAGAGGCCAAGAGUUUACCAAGGGUGGAUGGGGAUUUGCAUUUCCAAGAGAUUCUCCUUUAGCCAUAGAUAUGUCAACUGCCAUUCUGACUCUCUCUGAAAAUGGCGAUCUUCAAAAGCUACAUAGUAAGUGGCUGGCAAGAAAAGUGUGCGGUUCUCAAAUCUCCGAGUCUGGAUCAGAACAGCUUCAGAUACAAAGCUUCUGGGGGCUUUUUCUCAUAUGUGGAGUUGCGUGUUUUCUUGCUCUGUUUAUUUACUUUUGCAUGAUGUUACGCCAGUUCAGCCGCUACUCUCCUGAGGUUUCAGAUCCUUCUAUCGGUGCCAGCUCUCGUUCUAGACGAAUCCAGACGUUUUUAUCAUUUGCUGAUGAUAAAGUGGAUGAUUGGAAGAGCAAAUUAAAGAGAAAACGCGACGAUGAGUUAUCAAAUGGUUACGCGAAGGAAGAUGAAUCAGUUGUUGGAUCUCAGAGAAUGUAUAUCUCAUGAUGCUUCGCUUCAUUAAUAGACACGACUGCUUAGUAUUGACAGUGUGUUACAGUCAGUUGCAGUUAGUUAUAGUUUUGAUGAUAUAACAGAGAGUUCAAUACAAGUUAGUUUUUAAUUAGCUGUCACUUCUGUUAUAGAUAUCCAAAAAUUAAGAUGUAUAAACAACAAAAGAAUCAUUGUAGCCGUUAUCGAAGAAUUAAUAAUACAAUUUAACUAGUACUA